AUGUUUAUACAAUCAUGGGACGAAUUUGCUAAACAAGCUGAACGUUUAUAUCUUAAUAAUCCAAUGGCUUGUCGAUUUUGUUUAAAAUAUCGAAAUGAAAAACUUAUACUUCGUUUAACUGACAAUCAUACAUGUCUACAAUAUAAAACCAAAUAUGCACAAGAUUUAAAAAAAGCUGAAAAAUUAAUGUCAAGUCUCUUACGACAUAUGGCAUCAAAAGAAGCAUAA